CAAGGCCAUCAUUUUCAAGAAGGCCAGUCAUUGCGACUUUCGCCCUGACACACGAGGAAAUCAAUAAUUAUAUGCCCGCCGGCGACAGGCCGGUCGCUUGUGCCUCGCUCGCCGCACCGCCUCCGCAACCAUCAAUAUCGCCAUGCCUGCGACAGACAUCCGCCUCCUCGCUCUCGACGGCGGCGGCGUCCGCGGCCUGUCCUCCCUCAUGAUCCUCCGGUGCCUUAUGGCCACCGUCGAUCCGGAUGACCCGCCUAAGCCCUGCGACUACUUCGACAUGAUCGGCGGCACCAGCACCGGCGGCCUGAUCGCCAUCAUGCUGGGCCGUCUGGGCAUGACCGUCGACGAGUGCAUCGAUGCAUACACUACGCUGUCCGACAGGAUAUUCGAAAAGAAGACCCAUCGCAUGACCAUCAAAGGCAAGCUCCAGGGGCGAUUCGAUGGCGCUGAAUUGGAGCGUGCAGUCAAGAGUAUCGUAGUCAAUCGCGGUCUCGACGAGGAUGCACUGCUCAUGGACCCUGAUUCUCCUUGCAAAGUAUUCGUCUACGCCACGAGCAAAGAAACUGGCGAUACAGUCUGCCUGACCAGCUACCGCUCGCCGCGCGGCGACAACUCCAACCUCCUCAGCAGCACCACGAUCUGGCAGGCCUGCCGCGCGACAUCAGCCGCGACAACCUUCUUCGACCCAAUCGCCAUUGGGCCCUUCAACGAACAGUUCGUUGACAGAGCGCUUGGCGCGAACAAUCCGGUCUACGCACUGUAGAACCAGGCCCAUGGACGUGUGUGGCGAUCAGCAGCUACGGGAUGGGCUCAAAUGCCUCGCUCCAUCGGUACGGCCUGCCCGCCCUAUAGCCUGUACGCGACGACGUCCUUGGAAUCGCAGCUACGCUAAAAAAUCUUGCAACGGAAACCAAGAAGACAGCACAACAGUUCCAUCGCGACAAGUCGCACCUCGACGAUGAAGGACGCUAUUACUAGUUCAACGUCGACCACGGGCUCGAGGACAUUGGGCUCGAGGAGUCUAAGAAGAAGACGGAGAUUGCAGCCGCAACGCGACACUACAUUUAGUCGCAGGUUGUCUUCAAGCAGAUGAAGGCAUAUACGAACAAUAUCGCUAGACAAGUGUGUUAGUUUAGCUAUUACAAGUUUUCUAAUUAGUAUUCUCCGAUCGCUUGCUUACUCGCUAGUG